AUGCUUGUGAGCAUGACUCAGCCAGUGUACAACUGGCUCGGCACUGGAGUUCUUGCAUUCUCCUCGCCCCGCCGCACAUUGGCCGAAGGACACAGUGGCACUUCCUGUCCGACGACAUGUUCCUCCAUGCUGCGCGCUUCCAACUUCUCCCCGUCGCUGCCGGCGGGGUACAGCAGGGGCGUUCGGAAGCGGUGCGCCAUCGCUGCCUUCAUCACCGCCAACGAAAUGACGACGAUGGGGCACAAGAAGGGUGGUGUUUUCUGCCUGAGGGGUGGGAGUGACGAGGGAGAUACUCUGCAAGUCGGCGGGGAAGAAGAGAACGUGAAGCGGGAAACUCCAACUGCCACCAGGGCCAAGGCCGCCGACAGCGAGGACGAGGCCUGGCCAGGGGCACAGAAGGAAGGAGCACCCUUUGGCGGGGUUGCUCUCGUCACCGAGCGCUCAACGGCAACAGGCGGGAGCAAGGAUAGGGUCAGCUACAGCGUCCUUGCCGACGGGACCCUCGAAGUUGGUUUGGCUGCUGAGCGAAAAGAGCCGCGAUUGCCGGCGUCGACAGCACCAUCACCGCCACCACAUCUGCCGACAAUACCGCCAACAUCGCGGGAGAACACAACCGUCGCAAAUGCCUCCGCGGGGCCACGAAGAGUGCUGCAAGGUGUACGACGGCAUGCUGGGGCCUUGAAAACGGGCGUUGUCAAGGUGAUGCGAGGCGUGACACCAAGCCUACAUGUGUCCCACAACUGGCAUGAACUUCUAGCAGCAAAUCCCACCUUCCUGCUGGCGCGCCUGGCCGGUAAUCAUCGUUCUCGCACCGCUGUCGGACCAAAGGCGACAAAAGAAGUUGUUAGAGAGACGAGAGCCGCAGCGGCGGCGGCGGGAGCGUGCGUGGCAAGGGCCGGGGUGGCGGUACGCGGAGGCCUUAUGAAUACCUUUCUGCCGGCGGGGUACCCGGGAUCGGUGCGGCCGGAGUACGUGAGGUACCGCUGCUGGGACAUCCUUCAGGCGGUGUUGGAGGGCAUGGGUGUAGGUCGGGCAGGCUCGACGCCUCUAGCCGCCACGCUGCAGUGGAUGGCACGAGACGGUGCCAGCAUGAUCGGGGGUCUCCUAUUCACCUCGGUGGCGUCAGCUAACUUCGGCGUCAACAUCAAGACCUGGCGAUUAUUCGCGGACACCUCAAACGACAUCGGGCUCGCCCUCGAGAUGCUGGCGCCUCUGCCCGCUUUCCGAGAGGGCGGAAGAUUCUUGCGUCUCAUCUGCAUCGCUUCGGUGUUCAAGGCGGCGUGCGGGGUUGCGGGGGGCGCGACUGGAGCCGCUAUUACCGAGCACUGGGCGAUCGACAACAACAUCGCGGACAUUGGCGCUAAGAACGGGGCACAGCACAAGGUAGCCUCCUUGCUCGGGCUUGGGCUCUCGGUCUGGUUCGCCAGGGCCGUUAGCGUCGGGGGCUCCGCGUCUGGAUCGCGCGUCUGGGGGUGGUACGCGGUCCUCACCCUGGUCCACCUGCUGGCGAACUACGCGGCAAUGAGGACCCUAGCCCUGCGGUCUCUAAAUCCGACGCGGGCUUCGCUCUUGGUCACGGAGUACAUAGGCCAGGCCUUGGGGUCUACGGAAGGCCGCAGUGGCACACGAGGAAGCGAGCAAGACGAAGAUGAAGGGGAAGAAGAAAAGGAACAGCGAGAGGAGGAAGAGGAGGGGGGAGAGGAGAGAAAGGGUCCGGCGUUAGACUGGAUGGGGAGAAGGAGAGACCAAGGGUCUCCGACGGAGUCGGUGGCGGUGCUUUCGCCCUUUGCCGCCGCGAGGCGGGAGAGAAUACUCGUGCUCCCCGGGUGGGUCCGGGCCUUGAAGCCGUGGGGAGACUUCCUGCAGAUACACGUGGGGGUACCGGUCAGAGCCCUGGUGGGAGAGGCCGACGACUUGCUCUGGCUGACGUCACUGUACCACGAUGAGAGGUCCAUGGUGGGGGUCCAAGUGUCCUACAAGCCACUAGGAGCGAGGAUGGAGACGACGGUUAAUCUUGUCUUUCGAGAAGACGCCUCCCCAGAGGACCGGUUGCAAGCUAUGUUCCAGGCGAACGUGAUCCACCACCUGGUGGUGAGAGACCCGGACGGCAUUCCGCACGGGGAGGACGGCGUCGACCGCACCCUGUUUCUGCGCGAGGUUACUGAAGAGGCACUACGCGUGACAAGAAAGGAGUUCCGAGCCUUCCACAAGGCGCUGGUUCGGGAGGGGUGGGACCUGUCUCGCGUGACCUUAGGAGGGGGGCCAUGGGUGGGGCGGUGGGGAUCGCUGGCGAAGGAAAAUUGAUAGGCCAGCCCCGGCCAAGAUCGGGGUGAAUGUCGAGGUGUAUCUUGUUUGAUUGUCCGCCCGGAAAGAGGGGCGAAGUUUCUUGACGGCGGAAGGGGGAAAGGGGUCUCUCCGGAGGAGAAUUGACCCGAUGGAGAUGAGGAGAGAAACCACCGGCAACGCGUUUCUAUGAGAAGACUUUUGUAUGUAUUCGAGGGGAGGUUUUGUAGCAAGCAGAAUUUUGCGGGAUCCGGGAUGAACAACGUUGUAUCUAGGUGAUGCCGUUUAUUAUGGGUUUGGGUUUUAGGGGGGGCGUGAAGGGGUUCGAUGUGACCGCCGCUUUGGCAUUGCCAAAGAUCAUUGUCUUAGCAGCAAGCAAUAACGAAGGACCGAACGAUGGGCGCAGGAAUGAUGUCGUUUUUUCCCCCCAGAUGCUGUAUACCGGCGAAUGGGAUAGGGCGAUUUUUUCCUCGGUUGGUGUCUCUAUUCACGCGGGGCAUUCGGACCCGUCAUCGCUGGCUGGAUUCACGGUUGAUCCCUGUCACUGUUUCAUGUUCGGGAUUUGGGUAUGUACGUAGGGCUGCGGUAAUCGUGUGAAGAGCGGGGCGAUCGUGGGGGCAGAUGGUAAUAAAUUCUUGGAGG